GUUUCUCUCUCUAUUACAGAAAAAAAGAUUCAAAAACCCUAGAUUUCACAAAAUCGAUUGGCUGUCAAAUUUCUCUCCGGCGAUUUUCCUCGAGUGAAAUUCGGCUCAAGGUGAUUAUAGCGAUCAUCGAAUCAAAUUGAUUGAAGAGGUUCUUCUCUAUCAAAACCUAAUCUAAUUCAUUUCUCUUGUUGUUUGAUUAAAAACGAUCAUUCUCGAUUUUAGGAUCGGAUUUGUUAAUUUGAUCGUCUCGUUACUGUCAAUUGAGUUUAAUUUCGUAAAGUCGAUGAAUUUCUGGGAGAUUGAUUCUUUUCCCUUUUUGCUGUGAAAUUGUGUUCUUUUGAAAAAUUCUGUCUAAAGUUUGGAUUUUUUUUUUCUGUAAGUAUAUGUGAAACUAUACAUUUUGAGAUUAUUCACGGAAAUUAUAUUAUCUUGCUUGCAAUGAUUUGAGUUUGUAUAUAAGACUUUGAGGAGUAAAUUAGAUUGUUUUAUUGUUUGGUUGAAACUUACAGGUACAAAGGUUAGUUACUUUGAGCUGAAAGAUGAACACGUCAGAGGUGAGAGUACCUCGAGGAAAUCGACGGAGGAAAGCUGUGAUUGAUCUGAAUGCGGUACCUGUUGAUCAAGAAGGGACCUCUGCUUCUGUUAGAACUCUUACGGUGCCUAUUACACCGUCUCAGCCUGCUCCUACGAUGAUUGAUGUCGAUGCUAUUGAGGAUGAUGUUAUUGAAUCAUCCGCUAGUGCUUUUGCUGAAGCUAAAAGCAAAUCAAGAAAUGCACGUCGGAGACCUUUGAUGGUUGAUGUAGAGUCAGGAGGUACGACUAGAUUCCCUGCCAACAUAAGCAACAAACGCAGAAGGAUUCCUUCUAGUGAAUCUGUCAUCGACUGUGAGCAUGCCUCUGUAAAUGAUGAAGUCAACAUGUCUUCGAGAGUGUCUAGAUCAAAGGCUCCAGCUCCUCCACCAGAAGAGCCAAAGUUUACAUGUCCAAUCUGCAUGUGUCCCUUUACGGAGGAGAUGUCAACCAAGUGCGGUCACAUCUUCUGCAAGGGAUGUAUAAAGAUGGCAAUAUCUCGCCAGGGCAAAUGCCCUACUUGUAGGAAAAAGGUUACUGCAAAAGAGCUGAUUCGAGUUUUCCUUCCAACCACUAGAUGAGUGGUCCGGCAACAUCACCAGCCACCCUGUCUAAUGGUUUAUCAGACUAUCCUCCUAUUCACUUUGGAACAUUGAAGGGACUUCGUUGACUUGGUAUUUUUGAAUAUUUUGCUUUGUUGGAAGAGAAAUAUUCAGUGAUCAAGAAGCCAGAAGGCCCUAUCAUUCGAUGGAUAUCAUUGGUAAUAACUCUUUGUUUUUAGUUGUUGUUCUAUGUAAUUUAGGUCUCUGCAAACCUCUCAGUCGAUACUCUUCUCUCUUGAUAGAUGAUAAGAUAUAUGGAAAAAAAAAUUAAUAUUGAAUCUUUACUAAAAUUCUACAUCUUGAUCAUGUCGUGUAUGCCAGUUCUCAUCUCACAUUGCUGAUAAAUGCGUAAAGUAUUUAUGUAUGUCAGUAUGAGCAAAUAGUAGGAAUUAUAAGGGAAAUUUAUUGUGAAAAAAAAAAAUAAAAAAAAAAUAAGGGAAAUUUAUUAGAACUCCAUGCACUGGGUCUAGAGUACAAUGGUAGCAGAAGAUAGAUUGCAGAAGCUAAUAGAAUCGGUUUUGAAUCGAUGCUCUAUUGCUCUGCCUUGUGGUUAUUCACUCCUUAAGGUCACAUUUUGCUAGCAUGCAUCGUCACCUAGUCAUGGAAACUUGGUGGAUGCAGCAACAUUGGCAUCACCUGUAGUCUGAGAUCCGGGCACGGGGUUCUGUUUGUUGAGGCCAGCUUUGGGAGGAAAAUAACCAAACCGUCUUUUAUGAAAGGGCCAGCCAUAAUGUGGAAGAGGAAACCAACCCCAGAGUUGCUGGUUAUUGGUGAUAACCUCACUUUGCUCCUCAGGUGCAUACCUCCCUUCAGCGCCUGAUAGUAGAAGUGCCAGAAGGAGCUUGGCUUUCGUGUUAUUCUUCUCCAUUGUGAUUUGUAUAUGGUAGUCUACUUUGAUUUCUCGUUUUGCUGGGUGGUUAUACUGAGAAGUAAGAACUGGAUACUAUAGGCCAAGCUGGUGAUAUGGUGGUUUUUUAGAUGCCUUCUUUGUGAGGGAUAUUGAAUGGUGUAUAGAUUAUAGUUUUUGAUCCUUUUGGAAUGUUAG